AACAUCGAACCCUAAAGCUAUUUCAAGAGUACAAAUGAGUUCACCGUUGCUAGUAGGAGUUGCUGUCGCUGCUGCCGCUUAUGCUGGUAGAUAUGGCAUUCAGGCCUGGCAAGCAUUCAAGUCAAGACCACCAACUGCUAGAAUGCGCAAGUUUUAUGAAGGAGGUUUCCAGCCUAAAAUGACCAGGAGGGAAGCAGCUCUAAUUCUUGGGGUCAGGGAAAGUACUCCAGCAGAUAAAGUAAGGGAAGCACACAGGCGGGUGAUGGUGGCAAAUCAUCCCGAUGCAGGUGGUAGCCACUAUCUUGCUUCUAAAAUUAAUGAAGCAAAAGACAUAUUGAUGGGGAAGUCCAAGAGCAGUGGGUCUGCAUUUUGAUGUUACAAAGGAGUUCUGGCAAAGUUUUGAAAGCUUAGUUUUGAGCAUGAGAAAAAGAUUUAACUGAAUUAUCUACUUGAGACGAACCAAUCGUGCACAGACAUUCUUUGCAACCUUCAACGAUGCUUUGUUGGAGGUAUGGCCUUUGUCCCGCCAUUUCUUCAGACCUAAUGUCUAUAUGAUUUUGUGGAACAGACCCUCUCUUUUCAAGUUGCUUAUUUAACUUGAAUUAUUGAAUGUGUGGGAGAAUUUUAAUAUUUGCGUGUGGACAACCGUAGCAUUACCUCGUUACUCAUGUUUUCUAGUAUUACAACAAAACUUAUGUUGGGCUUC